AGCUUGUCUAUAUGAUUGUCUAUACUACUUUUUCACAAUGUGAGCCCAAAAUGGAGGUCCAACAGCUUGUGUAAAUAGAUGUCCAAACAUGCACAUCUUCUAAAUCCACCUCCACAAUGUCCAGGCCUGGACGAUGUGAAGGCAUCGUCCAUAGCUCAACCGCAGCCACUUUUUCUCCCUCCCGCCAACUCCGUCGCCCUUUCUCCCGCCAAGUCGCUUGCUCUGGAGACAAAGAGGACGCCGCCGCGAGGUCGUCGUCGCGCCACACCACAACAUCCCGAGGCGAGAUGGAAGGAGACGAGCGUUUUCUCGACAUGUUGAACUUCGGUGUAUCACCACAAGUGCCAGAUAGUCCAGUUGGGGAGCAAGAGAUGCCACCAACUCAAGAAGUGUCUGCAUCUGCCAAAGCAAAAUCCACUAAAGGAAAGAAUUGGUCUAGUCAAGAGGAUGAAUUGUUGGUGGCAGCAUGGUUGCACACCAGUCUGGAUGCUGUGAUAGGGACAGAUCAAUCAUCAAAUUCUUAUUGGGGUAGGAUUUAUGAUUACUACAGCACGCGCAAGAAAGUGUCAUGGCCGGUGCGUGUUCAAAAUGCAAUCACUUGUCGUUGGAGCACUAUUAAUGAACAAGUCAGCAAGUUUUGUGGAUACUAUCAGCAAAUUCUUAAUAGAAACCAAAGUGGGGUAACUAUCGCUCAGCAGCAAGCCCAGGCACUUGUUUUAUACAAGUCCAAAGAUCCUAAAAACAGGCCAUUUGCAUUAAUGCAUUGCUGGUUAGAGUUGCAAAAGCAUCCGAAGUGGGAGAAUCGUGUGGUUUCGAAGGGGCCUCCGAAAAAGCAGAAGAAGACCUCGGAUGCAAGUCCAGGUACAACUUCUAAUGAUGAAGACUUCGGAUCCACUGAUGCUCUUGAUACAGAGAUAAGGCCUGAUGGUAAUAAGCGAGAUAAAGAACGUUUACGGAAAGUUAAAGCUUCUGCUUCCGAUGCUCUUGCUCCCAAGUUAUCAUUAGAAACUGUGUGGGCACAAAAGCUAGAGAAGGCCGAGGCGAAAGAGGCCGCGAAGAAUGCUCGUUAUGAGCGAGCAUUUGAAUUGCAGGAGAAGCAAAUUGCAUUGCAGGAGAGGCAGAUGGCAAACCAGGAGAGGGAGAGACAGAUGGCAAACCAAGAGAGGGAGAGGCAAAUGACAAUCAAGGAGAGGGAGAUGGCACAGAAACAGUUUGAGUUAGAAGAGAAGAUCAUGUCCAUGGACACUAGUACUAUGAGUGGGGCACAACAACAAUUCUACAUCAACAAGCAGAAUGAGAUUGCCGCUCGCCGAUAGAACACAUCAGGUCCCCGAACAAUAGCAAAGCGGGAUUGCAGAACUCCAAAGGCUCUCUCCACAUCCUUUCUGGCUCCCUCUUGUCUUUUGGCGAAAUGUUUCUUUUUUCUGCCUUCUGGAGAUGGUAUGGUCUUCACAAAUGUUGCCCAUGGUGGGUAUAUACCAUCUGCAAGGAGAGGAGACAAGCGGACUCGGAAGAGAGAUGAGACAAGCACAAGAUGGAAUGAUUUGAGAGAGGCCAACUCUGGAUGGGUUUCCAAUGUGCCUCCGGCCUCCCCAUUUUUUGGGGAAUCUACUCCAAUGAGUGAAUCAUAGCCACCAAUAAACAGGCACCCAGUGAAGAUGUCACACUUUGAUGUGAAAUGCCUGAGAUCACAUUCAUCACCAGGAAGGGUCAAGAUGUUCCGCAUCAAAGGCGUCGGCAGUGCUACAAGAGUUGAAGAAAGAAGAGGAUUUGAUGUUGUUACUACUAUCUGUGAAGUGUCAAACCUGCCGAAGAAGGCAUGCCAAUUUUUCUCUUUGUGUUCUGAUGCCUAUAAAUAAACCCAAGAGUGAGAAAAGUGUUGGCGAACAGAUAACAAAAGCUAACCAGACUCAUAUCAGAAAAUUAUGGUAGCAAUAAAUUGUACUAUGUUUUAGGGAACCAUAUAACAAAGCCGCUUACUAUGGUAUAAAAAAGUAGCACAGUCAAUUGUGUACCUUUACAACUGAGAAACAGGGGAUAUGCUGGGGGGAAAUGGCACAUGGUAAAAGCACAAACUUCAAAUGAAUGCUCAUGUCUUCUUUCCAUAAAAGAGAACUCUUAUCAUAUUGUGGUUGAUUACAAGAACUACACUUAAUUGAUUUGUUUUCUAUUAGGCAGAAAAUAUGUUGUUGACGGGGAUUUUAAAAAGCUUGAGGUGGUACCGAACGGGAAGCAGUUCAUGGAGUUAUUCAAGGUAUCAUCUUUUUGAUAUAGAGGUGACAUUCCCAUUGUGUACUACAAACUUGAACUGGUACCUUCUGAACUGAACUUUGAACACUUGCAGCUUCUGAACUGAAUUUUGAAGCAUGCACACAACUUGAUUUCAAGCAUCGGGUUGACUUGAGGCCUAACAUCAGUGAGGUCAGAGACGACAGUUCAUGGCGGUGGCUGUCGACAACGGCCAGGACGCCAG